CCGCCACUUCCGGCGGUGGCCAUGGUGACGGCAGCGGCCAGGAAGACGGUUCAGAAAGGAAGACUCAUGGAUUUCACAAGCACAGUCCUCAUCCCACUGCUUUUUGGCAGCGUGGGGAUCUUCGCCCUUUUUCGCCUGCUGCAGUGGAUGCGGAUGCGAGCGUACCUCCAGGAGGCAGUGGUGGUGAUCACAGGGGCUACUUCGGGCUUGGGAAAAGAAUGUGCCAAAGCUUUCCAUGCAGCUGGCUGCAAGCUGGUGCUCUGUGGCAGAGACAGUGAGAAGCUCCAAGACAUGGUGCAGCAGCUUUCCACCGUGACCAACCACCGCAAGAAGACACAUAAACCUCACACUGUGGUAUUCGACCUCUCGGACACUAAAACUGUGCUAAAUGCUGCUGAAGAGAUCCUGAAGUACCUGGGGCACGUGGACAUCCUGAUCAACAAUGCAGGCAUCAGUUUCCGAGGCACAAUUGUGGACACAGGACUGGAUGUGGAUAGGAAAGUGAUGGAAACAAAUUAUUUUGGUCCUAUAGCCCUCACUAAAGCACUUCUGCCCUCCAUGAUCAAGAGGAGACAAGGCCACAUUGUGGCCAUCAGCAGUGUUCAAGGCAAAAUAAGCAUUCCUUUCAGAUCUGCAUAUGCUGCCUCCAAGCAUGCCACCCAGGCCUUCUUUGAUUGCCUACGAGCAGAGGUGGAGCAGUAUGACAUCGAUGUGACUGUUAUAAGCCCUGGCUACAUUCAGACAAACCUCUCUCUCAACGCUGUGACAGCAGAUGGAUCUCGCUAUGGAGUUAUGGACAAGAACACCGCAGAAGGACAGACAGCUGCAGAGGUGGCUCAAGUGGUGCUCAAUGCAGUGGGACAGAAGAAGAAGGAAGUCCUUGUGGCUGGGCUGACCCCCUCCCUGGCUGUCUACCUGCGAAACCUCUGCCCCAGGCUCUUCUUCAGCUUAAUGGCAGAGAGAGCAAAAAAGGAGAGAAAAGCAAAGGCCUCUUAGAACUGAGCUCACUGGAGCAGGGACUGCAGGGAGAGGCUGAGCCCCUGCGCUUCAGAUGGGACAUUGGGAGGUGCUCCUGCAGGAAAAUCCUGCCUCAGAAUGCUGCAGUUUACCAUUGCAUGGAGAGUGGGAAGUGGGUUUCCCCCACACCAGGACAGGCCCGUUUGCUGGAAGACAGCACCUACAGCUCACCUGGAGAAGGGUGCUUGGACAAAGGGGGAGAGCUGAGGCUGCAGUGGAGGCAGCUCAAGGGAACACGUUGCAGCAGGGGAGGCCCAUGUGCACCUUACUCGCCUCACUCCAGGCUUGCUCAGCUUUACUGGCCUGCUACAAAUAAAACCCACCCGUUCUGCCUUCACA